AUUAAAAGGUGUUCUCAUUACCAUUUAUAACAAAUCCAUUCGUUUGUCCACACCGGCUAAAACCAACAAGCUACUUGGAAAAAUAACACGUAUUUAUUUGUUUUAUUAGUGGAGAAAGUGCUAGAAUAAAAUAGUGGAAAUAUUCAAUAAAAAUUGACACAAUGAAAUCUCAAAUCGUUUUUACACUUUUUGUGGGUUUGGCCAUUUUGGCCCAGGUAUCCCAUGCCCUGAAAGAGGAAGAUUGUGAAGUUUGUGUUAAAACAAUCAGAAAAUUUGCUGAAUCCCUUACGGAUGCCACCAAAAAAGAUUACAAAUUAAUUGAAAAUGAAUUCAAGAAAUUCUGUAAGACACAGAAGAACAAGGAACAAAGAUUGUGUUACUAUUUGGGUGGCUUGGAAGAAUCAGCUACUGGCAUCUUAAAUGAAAUGUCCAAACCCUUGAGUUGGUCAAUGCCAGCUGAAAAAGUCUGUGAAAAACUCAAGAAGAAAGAUUCGCAAAUCUGUGAUUUACGUUACGAAAAACAAAUCGAUUUGAAUGCUGUCGACUUGAAGAAGCUCAAAGUACGUGACUUGAAGAAAAUCCUCAACGAUUGGGAUGAGACCUGUGAUGGUUGUAUUGAAAAGACCGAUUUUAUUAAGAGAAUAGAAGAGCUCAAGCCUAAAUAUGUUCGUAGUGAAUUAUAAGGAAAUAAAACACCACCAACAGUUCAAAAAACAAAACAAAAAAACACACACAAAAAGACUUGAAUUUAGUUACAUAAAAUAAUGAAAAAAGGAAAAAAAUAAAUUAAAUACAAAAAACACA